UUAAAAUAUCUGCACAUAGCGCACACAGCACACUAUAAUAUAUUUAUUUUGUGAUACACUCAUUACACUCAUAGGACAUAGACCGUAUAGGUCCUUUUAAAUCUUAAAUAUUAAUUUGUUAGUUUGUGUCCUUACAAUUUUUUAAAUAACUCAUUACAAUUUAAUUUAGUAACCACAACUUUAAAACUAUCUCAAUAUGUCUGGACGCGAAGGAGGAAAAAAGAAGCCUUUAAAAAACCCUAAGAAAGAAUCUAAAGAAAUAGAUGAAGAUGAUUUAAAAAUGAAACAAAAAUUAAAAGAACAACAAAAAGCAUUGAAUGAUCUUAAAACAAAAGCUGCCCAAAAAGGACCAAUGGUCAGUGGCGGUAUAAAGAAAUCUGGCAAAAAAUAAUGUAUGAACUAUGUAAUUAAGAAAAAAACAUUAAAACAUCCUAUGUAAAAAACCAAUCCUGCUGUAUAAUGAUUUCAAAUUAAAAAGCAAUUUUGUGUUAUUUACUUAAUAAUAAUUACAAUUUUAUUUUAUACUAUAAAAGUUGUUCACUAUUAUUAUUUCAUAAGUUCAAAAAUAUAUAAUAUUUAUUCAAAUGUA